AUGCAGCGACAGCCUCAGUUGGGCUUGACAGCAUCGCCAACUUCGAGCCGCCAUGUUGGCUCACGCUCGUCGUUGGUUCGGCCUGUGCUGCCAGACAGGUACGUCUCGGAGGAGACGAUAGAGGAUGCCUAUGUCAAUUUCAUUCUCUAUUGUAACCCGGCUGUUCCCCUGGACACCGACACGGCGGCUCUAAGGGAGUCGUUCCAGGCCCCGCCCAAGAGUGGUGGCAAGAGCUUCAAGACCUGGACCCUGUUUGAAUUGAUCAAGCAGUUGGAAGCAAAGGAGCUCAAGACCUGGAUCGAAUUGGCCUUAAAGCUGGGAGUCGAACCCCCUGACCAGGAUAAGGGCCAGAGCUCGCAGAGGAUACAGCAAUAUGCAGUCCGCUUAAAGCGAUGGAUGCGCUCCAUGCACGUGGAUGCGUUUUUCGACUAUCUCAUGGGACGGCCGGGUCCGUAUUGGACAAGCGUCCCAUCCGAUCCGAACCCCGUCAGCGAGCUCGGACGAGAUGGUGUCGCGGCGGAAGACGACAUGGCCCUCAGGGCCUUGCUGCCACAGAUACGGCCUCGCAGGGGUAGGCGGAAAGCAGAGGACGACGACCACAGCAAAUCCCCGUCUCAGCAGCCAGUGGGCGAGGAGGAAUACGAUGCUGCCCGUCUCGACGGAGUUGGCCCGUGGUCUGCUCACCCGGACGGCAGAGGGAGCGUCUUCGUCUUCCCCGUUUCCGAGUCAUUGAGGUUGAGCGCCGGAACGGGCCAGCCAUCGGGCCCCCCCUGGACGACUUCGGAUGUGGUCCAAACGCCGUUGACUGCUUACCCCCAGUCCGCAAUUACGCCAUCCACGGGAAACCUGUUUUGGGUAGAUGAACCGAAGUCUGCCAUUUCGCCUUCCAAACCUCGGCUGAGCAAGCGACACGGGGCGAAAGUAGUGUCGUCCGCAUGGCGCACCGGGCUGGCAGGGAAGGGCAAGGCUCGCGGCCGACCUCCUAUGAACCGAACCAACAACGACGGUCCUUUCUCUGCCUUUCCAUCGACAGAUGUACCAAGUUUCAAGAUACCACCCCGUGCCGAGGAGAACGGCAGCCGCAGUGCCGUCCUUCCCCCUCCUGCUCCUUUCGCCGUCCCGGCCACUCCCGCUGCCGCUCCUGCUCCCGCUCCUCCAACCGUGUCUACAAAUGAGCCAGCACCAAACCAAGACACGCAGAAUACACGGCCAGCCAAGCGCAGUAGGUUGUCGCUGCAGGUUCCGGCCCGGGUUGGAGGCGAGGUUAGAUUGGCUACGCCACCGCCACUCUUGAUGGUAAAUGGGCAAGCACCCAUGGCUGCCGAUGAUGUCGGACAGGAAACCACAAGAAUCCCUCUAAACAUAUCGCCUAAAGGCAUACUACAGGCUCGAUUCGGCGACCCCACCGACCGUACGAACAUGGAUGAGCUGGAGGCGUACUUUGCGCAUGAGGUAUUGUCAGCCAAUUGGUACGAUGCCAAGGGCAACCGAAUACCGCCGUGCGGUGUCGACGAGGCAUCUGCCAUAAUCGCCACUGUCAUUGACAACCUCCUCAAGGCAGCCGUCACGAAGGAUGCCUUCCUGAUCAACCUGGCCGCCCUCGCCGGGGCAAAAUUGCUCAUGAGCACGACGAAUGUCGCCAUCACGCGCCUCGGGGAGCUUCCGGACCGCAACAAGUACUCGUGCACCUGGGAGUUGAGGCUGGGUGACCUCCGCGGGAUCUACUCGAUGGAGGAGACCGUCAUGCACGAUAGGUGGAAGGUGCCAGGGAAGGGCGGCGACUCCGCGACUCCGCCGGCCAGCGGGGGGGACGCCACCGCCGAGCAGUGGCAGCAGAAGUACAAGGAGAUGUGCGAUGUCGUCAAGAAGAGAGACAAGGAGCUGGCUGACCUGCGGCACCGGGUUGUGGAGUCGCUGAAGGAUCCUCGGCCGGGGAAUUGA